CGCUCCAAGGCCCCGGACUACCAGCCGGGUCAGAAGGUUUGGCUCUCCACCCGUGACAUUCCCCUCCGGGUGGAAUCCAAGAAACUGGCUCCUCGCUUCAUCGGCCCGUUCGAGAUCCAGGAGAUCGUCAACCCGGUGGCAGUGAGGCUCAAACUCCCAAGAUCCAUGCGGGUUCAUCCCACGUUUCAUGUUUCCAAAGUCAAACCGGUCCGAGAAAGCGCCCUGGUCCCUGCCGCGCCGCCUCCACCGCCUCCUCGCCUCAUCGAUGGAGGUCCCUCCUACACUGUCCGUCGCAUCCUGCAGUCUCGCCGGCGUGGGAGGGGAUUCCAGUACUUGGUGGACUGGGAGGGUUACGGUCCUGAAGAAAGGUCUUGGGUCCCCGGGAGGAACAUCGUGGACCACACCCUCAUCAGGGACUUCCAUCGACGCAACCUCACCCAGACGUCCAGAACCAGGCCACCUUCCAGACCACAUCCUCCGACGGAGUCCCCGAACGACAGCGACGACGACGCCGAGGACAGGGCAGGGCCCCCCUACUCUGAGGAGGACGACGACACUCUCCCCGGGACCAUGGAGGUAGAGAUGGACGCUGGACUCUCGGACGAGUAUUAG